ACUCAUCUGUGUCUUCAUCUAGCUAACAUCUACGAUUUAAUUCGAACCUACGAGUACUUCCUUGAUAUACCCGCAGUCUGUAAGAACAAUCUCAAUCCCCAGGACUAUUACCCCAGACGUGAGUGAAGCUUUUAUACUCGCAACUACAAUAAAAAAAAAAAAGAUUUGAACUAAACAAAAGAGAAGAGAAGAAUUUUUUUAUCUCUAAGCAAACAAUUUCAAUACAAGACACUGCCAUUGACAAUCAAUUGACUUCCAACAUGACAUUGAUCCAUCCAAUGUCCAGAGCCUCAAGUCAAAGAGACGUUUCCGGGUGUAUUACACCCACCAAUUUUGAUCCAUCUCAAACAACAAAUCAUAAUUAUGGAUCAAAAUUAUUAACUUCCAAUGCUAUAAAUGAAUCCAGUGUUGGUACAAAGACAAAUAUUCUUUCACCGCCACUUUCCCCAUAUCAACGUAGUAAUAAUAAACUUUCUGAGGAAUCUUCUUCUUCACUUAUAGUUUCAACAAAAGUUUACAUCCCACUGGAACCUUUCAAAAUUGAAAAUUAUAAAGAAUAUGAACUUACAGUGAAUCCAUGGUCUCAUCUUAAUGAGAAUUAUAAGAGAAGGCAAUUCCGAUUCCUUGAACAAUAUUCAAUUAUUUCAAGUAAAGAAGUUCAACGUAAUGCUAUUACUGCUUCUAAUGCAAGAGCAGAAAGAAGAGCUAAUUUGUCAUCACGUAAAAGAGUAUCAAGUUCAGAUUCAGAUUCAGAACUUGAAAGAGUAAGAACCAGAAGAAUUGUUAAAGAAUCAUCAGCAAAUCUUUCAGAAUAUGAUAAUACUAAUAAUAGUUCUUCACGUGACACCAUAGUAACCCCAUCAACUCCUAAAAGAAGGAAAACUGUUAAAAAGGAAUCUCAAUAUACUGGAUCGCCAUUAGCUAUCCAACAAGCUGCAUUGAUUGAUGAAAAUAUUCCAGAUUAUUCACCUGGGGCAGAAACACUCCCAAAGGGGAAUAAUAGAUGUCUUAAGGUUGAAUGGAAGGGACAACCAAUGGAUUUAAGAAAUGAUCCAAAUGCAUCGAAAUUACAUCCUGCAGAAGUCUUAUUAGCAUCAAUUUUAAGACUUCCAUGUAAUGUAUAUAUGGAUUCUAAAAGAAGACUUUUCUUUGAAAAAGUGAAUCGGUUGAAAAGAGGACAACAAUUUAGAAGAACCGAUGCCCAAAAGGCUUGUCGUAUCGAUGUGAAUAAGGCCAGUAGGUUAUUUGCAGCCUUUGAAAAGGUUGGCUGGCUUGAAGAUGAUCUCUUUGCUAGGUUUUUGUAAAGAGAAUGGGUAAUAAUAUAAAUUAUUUGGAACAAACGGUAUAAUUGGAAAGGUAUAAUUAAUGUGAUAUAAGUAUAUAAAGAUAUAUAUAAUUUUAUUUAUUGUGAAUUGGAA